CACACACACACACACACACACAGACCAUUCGACAUGUGUCACCACGUCAGCUCCACCAUUCGCACUCGCCGCAUCACAUGCGUCGAUCAAGCCAACUCUCACGGCACUGGCACUUUCCGAGAUGGAACCCCAUGGACCAUCGACGGCAGCAGAAUCCGCGCCAGGCCAAAGAUGUACCGUCUUCGCAAGGAAAGAGGCCACCGCGACUGCUACCAACUAGUCAUCACCCAGGUCGAAAGGUAUCGUCAGCUGGAAGGCGAGCACGCGAUUUGCGGACCCAUGCAGAGAGAUAUGCCAAACAGAGCCACGAAAGUAUACAAACUCUCCGAUGGUCAGAGUGUCACUAAUUUGGCCUUGAACCAAACCGAGAACCUCAGAGAAUAUGAGGUCGUUACACUUCCCGACCCCAAUGGGAAACCGACAAGACGUUAUCUGAGAGAGACACACAUGGUAGGAACUACCAAGAAGCUACCCACCACCUACGGUCAGGAUUGAGACUGCUAAAACGAGAAUUGUCGCAGAAUUCGUCCAGGCGAGAAAGCACCAGACUGGCCACAACAAUAAACUCAGACUGUUUCAUGACCCGAGAUCAACGUCCUCGGUCGAGCUCCUGGUGCUAAAGAAGCAAGACAUAUCACUCAGGAAGGAGCGAAACCCGAAUGAUCAGCCCUGCCGCAUUACGAGCAUAUCAGCCCUAUGCUCUUAUGCUAUACAUCUCAUCUCCAAGCAUCUAGCGUGAUAUCGAGCGACUGGUAUAUUGCGACAGGAUAGUCGUCAGGCAAGAUAAUCGGAGGAACGUUUCCAUUCGGAUGUUGGGGUUAGUGAAGCCAUGCAUGGGUAAGGCUAUACCGUGGAAAUAACCAGUAUGUCGCAGUCCGCUUCUCGUCUGAUUAACUUGUACCUCCUCCCAGUGUGCUUCAGUGAUGUGGCCCGUUAAUGAUGCAGCCAAGUGAAGUUGUGGCUUCGCCAUCUCAGGAUACU